AAUAUUGUCAUAAUAUGUUCAUGAAUAGAUCCGAUAUCGUUUUUAUUUUCACUAGUGCUCUAGACGUUAUUUUGCAUUGACACGAAGAUUUUAAGUUAACGAUAUUAUAUAUUUCAUAAUAACAAAAAACAAUCUACAUGUUAAUUGUGAAAACAAGAUUUAAAAGAAACUACCUUGAGGUGCUGGUGACUACUCUGUGCUGGUGACAUAAGUGUAGACUCAGAGUAUUGCGUAUCAUGUAAUUUCUGUGGUUUGUUCUGUGGCUGUUGCUUCUAUUCUCAACUUGACGACACAUCGUAAGUCUCAAUAUGGACUAACUGUAUUUAAACAAUGAGUUGGCUACGAACCACAUCAAUGACUCUGGCCAGGCAGUUAUCGAGGUCUCUGGACCCUCGGCAUGAUUACGAACCCCAGGCCUGCUACAAUUCAUUCUGCAAGCAUUGGCAACAGGCUCUUGAUAUUAUUGUUAAAUCACAGCCACAACACCUACACGACGAUGUAUUGGGGGUGGUAAAUCAUCUAGAACAGUUGGCAACAUUGUUAGUACUGGAGGCGAGAGCGAGAGAGAUCCACCAGGCUAACUCCUCGUCAUGCCUUGAAUACUUGCUGAGUGAGAAUCUGUUGGAUAAGUUAUACGAAUGGGCCAUAUGUACUGGAAAAUAUGAAAAUGCCGUGAGAUUGGAGCAAUUGAGGUUAUUUGGACAUCUUAUCAGUCAUUAUAGUUCACAGGUGAUAGCUGCAGAACCAUUCUUACGGCCCUUGUUAAAGUUACUGAGUAGCUUUCGCAACCAACUGCCUCCGCCUAACGUCGAGUCUCAACUAGUGUCAGUGCUCAAUCAACUAUGUGUCACUCUGAUGCAAAAUAUCAAAUUCGUAGAUCUAUUCUUUUUGAUGACGCACACGCAGAAUGGAUCAAAACCCGAGUUCAUAAUAGGUCGGUUGCUACUGUCGUCCGUGCACCGCGAGGGCCCGACGGGCGCGGCGGCGCGCGACGCGUUCCUGCUGUGCGCCAAGAUGUCCGCGCGCUGUUGCCAGCUCGCCGCCUGCCUGCGGGCCGGCAACGCCUGCCCCAUACUCGCCACCGGUCUCAGCGGGCUGUACUCCCUUCUCCCUCGCACCCUCGGCGACAACAUCCACCGUCUCACUCCGGACGACGUCAACAAAGUGCACAAACUGACGCUCUUCAUUGAUUCGCUGGAAUUCUGCAACGCGGUCGCACAAGUCGCAGACCCAUCCAUUAAGACACAACUCCUCGAUUUACUUCACCAAGGUUUCCUCGUACCGGUAAUGGGCCCCGCCCUUCUGCAGACGAGGGACCGCACGUUGCAGGCGGGCGGCGGCGAGCAGGCAGCUGCCACCGCCUACCUGGAGCUGGUGCUGCGCUGCAUCAGCGCCGGGGGGCUGCUGCGGGUCGCGCUGCACUUCCUCUUCACGUACGAGUACGACGGGGUCAGGCUCGUGGACGUGCUGCUCGCGAGGCUGGAGGGCGGCUCGCAGAUUUGA